CAUAGUUAACCUGUUCUUCCCCUCGUCCUCUUCCCAACCCUUUCAUCUCUUCACUCACUCCACUCUCCCUCUUUCUCUUCCUUCCCUCUUCCCUCCCCUCUCUUCUCUUCUUUCCCCUAAAUCUCCGCCCCCUCACUUUUCUUGUCGCUUGUCAACCUUGUCUCUCACCACAAUGGAUACGUUUUCGUCGUCGGACAGUCCGUCCUUCCCCGGCAACCGCAUUGUGUCCUACCUACGAACUUUGGCCAAGUCCAAGUCCGAACUGCCUUACGGACUGCCUGUGUGUGUGUCUCCCUCUCACACGGUUACCAACACGGACUCGCUCCUGCAUCUCGCGUCCUUGGUCGGCCCCCAUAUCAGCAUCCUUCAGGUUCACGCAGAUAUCAUCGAUGACUGGUCCGAGGAAACGGUUCGCCAAUUGACCACUUUGGCUAGAAAGCAUGGCUUUUUGAUCUGGGAAAGCGGUCGGAUUCUCAAUUCCACCGUUGACGUUGUCGGUCGGCAGAAGUCUGAAUCGAGAGAAGUACGGAAUGGGGUGGUCGACUUGAUACGGAAGAAGUACACUAGGGGUGUGGUGAAGCCAGCAUCAUGGGCGGGCAUGUCGACAGCCUGGGCGUCGGGGGCCGCUGUUUACAACCAGGAAGCCGACAUCUUGAUUCCGACCUUGAAGGCUGCCGCUCGGGAGGCAGUGGCAGACGCUGUGCAGACCAUCAGAACCGAAAUCACCGCCGACAGUUUCGCAAAUGAGCAAUCCAACAGCGAUCAAGACUCGGCACAAUCCCAACAUCUUACGGAGUAUGUCGUCGACCAAAGUGGCCUGGGACUGCCCCCACGGAAGGCCUCGACUAUCUCCCUUACCCAAACAAUCACCCAGCAUACCGAAGAUUCUGCCGAUUAUCCCUUGGAAUCACCUCAGUUCGAGCGCCAUGGCUUCGAGUUUGGAACUUUGAGUCCAUCUACGAUACCUGAGGAUCUUCCUCCCCCGCCUCUUCUGGCCCGUGGUCUAGUACUUUGUUUGCCAUCCAGGACCGAUACUUCCUUUACUCCCGACUACCGUCAGAGCUGCAUAGCUGCUGCCCGUGCCAAUCAAGAUUUCGUGGUGGGAUUCCUCUGUGGUGAACCAUGGCAUCUUGCCUCGCAGAGAAGCGACAUCUUUGAGACAGGCCUGUCUGGUUACAACGAUGAGCAGCAGCAGCUGAGCCCAUACUCGUCGGAUGACGACGAGGAGCUGCCACACUUUGCGCUGUUCUCUCCCAUCUGCCAAGGUGGACAGCCGCUCGACGGCAGCGAGGAAGAUGAAGAGAUGGGAGAGGAGGACGAGACACCUCUGCCUGAGACCACGAUACCACUUGAAUCCCUCAACCCUCUCGCCGCAAAACUAUUCUAUGCUGCUGGGAAGGCAUUCAAACUCCGCGAAGCAACCAGCCAGGAAAAUGGAAUUACGCAUAAAUCCGACACCACAAAAAGUUGUCAGAUCUUGCACAUUCCUAUCGUCUCGUUGCCGUGAAGAGGCACCGCUGGGAAAUCCCUUACAGCAUACGCCACAUCCUUUCCUUUUGAUUUCGAAUAACUAAUCACCUAUUCUGUUCGCACAUAUACAUAUUUAUUUCGCUACUAUGUCUUUUAAAGCAACAAUAUCGCACAAGGGAGGUCUGGAGUUAAGCGCUGUCAAAACCAUUUCGUUCUGUCAUGUUCUGUUAUUACCAUCUUCUGAGUACAACAUUAGGGGGUUCAGAAAUCAUCUGUGAUUACAGCCAAAGAGCAUAGCAAAUUUUAGCAUCACCAGGC